UAUUUACUUGCUUCCUUUCUACUGGGUUUGUUUUAGCAUAUACGAAAGACUGUGACUAUAAUGAAGGAGAUUGCAGUUGAAUUCGAGAAACACAACGAAUCUGAUAAGGUGAAGGAGUUGGAAGAUGCUGUUUUGGAGUUAGCUGAUCUCUCUGAGGAUAGUGUGCAUCUUUCAUCAGCAGUUCAAGCUAUUGCAAACAGAUACCAGCCAAAAGAAGAAGUUGUGAAUAAUUUUCGUAAGUUACUUGAGGAUGAAGUGUCAAAAUUGAAGGGCCAGUCUACUACUUCAGAUCCUAAUAGUAAUCCUUUGGUUCGCCAAUUUAAGGAAGCUGUAUGGAAAGUUCAUCAUGAAGGGCAGCCAAUGCCAGGAGAAGAGCAGGAGGACAUUGUAAUGACAAGUACCCAAUCCAGUAUUUUGAAUAUGACUUGCCCAUUGACUGGAAAACCUGUUACUGAGCUUGAAGAACCAGUUCGCAGUGUGGAAUGCAAGCAUAUUUAUGAAAAGAGAAUAAUAAUGCAAUAUAUAAAGUCAUCCAAUCGAUGUCCAAUAUCAGGUUGCCCGAAGAAAUUGCGUGCAGAUAGGGUGGUGCAGGAUGCCUUGUUACUGAUUGAGAUUGAGGAAUUGCGCAAAAUGAACAAAGAAACUGAAGUGGAAGACUUUACUCUCCUUAAUGAAGACGAUUGAUGAUUGAUUGAGUAAAGCAAGAGUAGGAUUUUGUGUAUAAACUUUCAGUCUUGAAAAACUGCAUGAUGUACUGAUUAUAUCCCAUGCAAACUUGGAACACUUAACAGUUAACAUCAGUGAAGUUUAUAUGAUGGUUUUGUAUUACAUAA